AAGCCAGCCCUAGAGUCAGGCAUGGGAAGUUCAGGGUGCGCUUGCGGACGGUUUUUUGGUAAACUCGCUGCGUUCCUGCUACCGGUACGUUUCUGCGACCCCGCUUUAUUGCUCUCCCGGGACAUAACGCAGGUUUGGGGGGAUCUGGUUGCCCGAAAAAAAGUGAAAAGGGGUUCCAGGAGGCCGCGGUGCGACACGAUAACAGGGUGCCCUGGCAAUUUGUUAUUCUGCAAAAACAUUACAAUGGCAACUGUGCCUUCAGCUGGCUGCCUUUUAGCCAAGAACCAGUACUACAGAACACGAUUGAAUUCUGAGUCCAGUGUUUCUUCAAGCAGUUCAUCUUGCUGUUCUGAUCCCACAUCAUUCUCAGACCAGGAAAAAAAUCACCACGGCUUACCUGAAAUGUUUGAAAAGUGUUGGUGGAUAAAAAGCUUUUUUCACAGUGAGCCAACACCUCCAAAUGUAGGCAGAAAAACCUUAUCAGCCAGCAGUACUAACAGCUGAUUGGGAUAUCAAGUUGAAAGUUCCUGCUGGGACAUUAUAGACUGUCAUGUCUUGAAAUGAAUUCACUUCUGUGAAGAAAAUGAACUGCUUGAGAAUUCAGUUGUAGAAGAAAUAAGAAAUACAGAAGAUCAAGGAUUUAAUCAGAGCUUAUUCAUCAAACAGCCAUCUUUACAGUGUCUGUUGCAAGAAUUCUUGAUAAUGAACAGGUGUUCUACAUUUCAUAAUUUUUGUGCUUCACAAGAGAAAAUGCAGACGCGAAGUCGAUUGGGAUAUGGUAUAUCUGAUUACUUGGGAUAUCUUUUACUAAAUUGAAAUGCUAUAGAUUGCUUGGGUCAAAAUCUUGUAAGUUUACCAUUCCUUUUAAGCAGCAAAAUAGACCACCUCUUUCCAUAGAAUUUAAGUUUGGGAUGUAACUAUGAUAAAAUUUACUUAAAAUGCCAAAUACAAAUUUCUCUUAUUUGUCAACAGCUAGAAGAAAACUUGUUAAGGCAUUAUUUAUGGUCUUCGAUUAAAAAACAAAAAUGGAACAUACUCAGUAUUAAACUCCUUAUCUGAUUCUAAUUCUACUAUUUGCAUUGGAGCUUUCUUUCAUAGUUGUGCUACUAUUGUAUAUUACAGCUUUGACAUCAAGUAGUAUACAAUUUAUAUUAACUCUUCAAAUUAGAGAUAAUUUAAGAACUCUGGAUUGAUUUUUUUAAAUUUUUGAUGUAUACCAUUCUGUUUCAAAGCAUAGAAAAAAUAAACCCAUAUUCUGCUUUGUAGGAGUUGUAAGUUUUAUUUACUUACACUAAGAAAUAUAUAUUUGUAUCACAUGAGGAAAUCUGUGAAUGCUGAAUAUUCUAAAUUGAAUUAUUUAAUUGAAUUAUUUAAUAUAUUGAUGUUUCUACUGUUCCUUUGUCAUCCUUUUAUUCUUCGGAAUAUUUAUACACAACGUUCUGUACUAUGAAUGAAUAGUAACAUCAAGUUUUAACAAAUUAUUACUUUCCUGGAUACAUUAUUUACAUUAUUACUGACUGCAUAUCUGGAUGCAUAAUGCUUUAAAACAGAGAGACUAUCUAUCUAUCUAUCUAUCUAUCUAUCUAUCUAUCUAUCUAUCUAUGUG